GAUUGCGCAACGUUUCAGCGUUUUAUCUCAUUGUUUUUGUUAUCAUUUCCAUGUUAUUCUAUAGUUUAUUCUUGAAUUCUUUAAAGUUAACUCAUAUUGUUUGCUUAAAAACGAUAUAAAGCAUUCAAAAGAUAUCAUUUUAUUCUAAUUAGUACAAUGGAGACCCUUUCGAGAACGUUACGGCCGUAUAAACUUACCGUGGGUAAUGUGGCCGGUAUAGUUACAACAAUACAAUUUUUUUCUGGAUCUGUAAUAUGUUUCGAUAUAUUCAAAAAGAAAACAACGCAGGGUGUAUCUUCAAUGCCUUUCAUUGGAGGCACUGUUAUAGGAAUCCUUGUGUUGAAAUAUGCGAUAAUGUUAAAUGAUCAAGCUAUGUACCAAGUGAAUAUGGCAGCGAUAAUACUUAAUGUUAUGUAUCUCAUUUUUUAUUUGGUUUAUUCAAAACAUCGUUAUGAAGAAGUUUAUAGACCAUCAGCACGAGGAUUUGCUUUAGUUUCUGCUUUAUUUUUAUAUAUUAAAUGGGAGGAUGCAACAAAAAUCGAAUUUAGAUAUGGUUUGAUUGUAACUGUAUUAAUGUUGUUAUUAAUGGGAAGUCCUCUAAUGGAAAUUAAAGACAUAAUACGUAAGAAAGAUGCUUCAUGCAUUCCAUUUCCGAUAACAUUCAUGGCAUUUUUUGUUUCAAUAUUAUGGUUACUUUACGGAAUAAUUUUAAUGAAUGAUUUUAUGAUAAUUCAAAAUACGAUUGGUACUCUUUUAUGUGUCACACAAUUAUAUCUUUGUUUUAAAUACGCCGGAGACAAGAAAUCUCAUAAAGAAUAAAAUUAGAUAAUUAAACGAUGAGUAGCACAAUGGUAAGAUUCUUUUGUGAUGUGAAGUGCCAAUAAGAAAUUAUUAAUAACUUUUACCUUCCUGUGUUGACUUGAUAGUAAAUUAAGAAAGGAAUUAUAUCUAAAUCUUAUUAAUGUUGAGGUUUAAUAAUAAAUUCUAUGUUUAUUAAAGAAUCUCUGAAUUUAUUAAAA